AUGGUUGAUAUCUGGUCGCUGGCUCGAGAAGAGCGCUUGCAAGAAUCUAAAAAGCGAGCUGAGUCUUCGCACAACGCUUUGAUCGGUGAUGACUUGCCAGCACGUGACGCUCAUUUGAUUAUUUGUGGAAGCAAAAAUUGUGGUAAGUCAUCGAUGGUAAUGAAUUUCUUGAAUCGUAAUGACGAAGAUUGUAGACCAACGAUUGCGUUGGAGUAUACGUAUGGACGUCGAAAUCGUGGCAAAGUUAAAGAUGUUGCGCAUAUAUGGGAACUUGGCGGUGGUACAGUGUUCAGCAACCUCUUAGGAGUACCACUCUCGGCUGAUAAUGUCUUAAAGUGUUCUUUAAUGAUUGUUAUUGACUUAACGACACCUUCUGAAAUGUGGGAUACGUUCUAUACUUUUAUCGAUGGCUGUCGCAUAACUGUUGAAAAUGCGCAGCAAGAGCUUCUGAAAACUUCACAGCAGGAAUCUUUAGUGAAGAAGAGAGAGAUUAAGUUGAAGGAUGAGCAGGCAUGUCUUUCAGUGAAAUUUCGUGCAAGUUUAGCAGAUUCAGAAUAUGUUGAUUCUUUUGCUAUACCAUUAAUUCUGAUUGCUUCAAAAUACGACCAGUUCCAGAACUUCGAGCCUGAGAUACGAAAGAACGUAUACAAAUUCCUUCGUUUUAUGGCACACACAAAUGGUGCUACUUUGGCGACGUUCAGUACUAAAAUGGAAAAUUUGGCAAUUCGGUCUCGAGCUCUUAUUAGCAAUAUUGUAUUUGGUACAACAGCUCAAAAAAUGAUCUGUACUGACCAUAACAAGCCGAUAUCGGUUCCAUGUGGUUCUGAUUGUCUUGCGGAUAUUGGAGCUCCUCCACGUUUUAACGCAUCAUCAUCGUUUACUGAGAUGAGAAAUAUUCGUGAUUUGUGGCACAGAGCAUUUUUGGAACAUUUUCCAUCUAAAAAUACAGAUUCCAAGGUAGAAUCUGAUCCACUAGAAGACGAUCGAUUCAGAGAACCAGAGAUCGAUGAAAUGAUCUUCCAGCGGACACAAGAAUUGGAGCAAUACCAACGAUACAAAAGGGACCGAACUGCGUUAGAAUCCCAAACUCAAUCUGAAGAUAAACAACCUAAGAAUUAUUUUUGA